ACAAACUUUUGUUGAAGCGAAAAUUCCAACUUUGGAUGAAUGCAUAAAAUUUUGUUGGAAUCAGACAUAAAACUCAUCCUUGACGUGAAGGACACUAGUGAUGAGAUGGUGCAUACUCUGCUUGCAAUGUAUAAGAGAAAUCCUGUACUAUAUAGAAGGGUGAUAGUGUCUGGUUUUGAUCCAUUAUUCAUAUAUAAAAUUCGAUCAGCUGAUCCGCAAAUAGCGUGUUCAAUGGCGUGGCGACCAGAGUACUUCACUUCUGUGAGCUUCGACGCAGUGCAUGGCAGCAAAAGAUGUUCGCAGCUGUUGCACCGCCAUUACUUCUCAUUAGUGAUGGACUACAUUUCUGCGUGGCUCUUCAACCACAUCCUCUUCUAUCUGCUUGGCCUUUCCGUUGUCUUGCUGCAUAAGGAUGUUUUGUCGGCGAGAACAGUAGCGAGAUGGCAGAAUAGAGGCAUUCGAGUGAUGGCCUGGACUGUCAAUAACAAAACUGAGAAGGACUAUUUCGUCAAUGUUCUCCACAUACCUUAUCUCACCGAUACUCUCAGUUAUACGCAUUAGUUCACUAUCAGGACAAACGUGUGACCCUGCUGCUGGCAUUCUGCCUGCUGUUGGGCACUACAUCCGCCACCAAGACAACCGAAACAGCCACCAAACCACCAGUUCCCCCUCCACCACCUCCAGAAAUACUCUUCAUCCACUUCUCACCAGAUGUCACCGCUCGGCCUCCGAUCAAUGACGUCACAGCUAUGCCUUCCCAGUAUGACGUUACCACUAGUAGGCUGCGAUCUGAGGAUUAUCUGCGCAGACGCGUUGUCUACGAAAUUGAGCCGUAUUUGGGGACGCUGCAAAAUCAGAACCAGUACCAGAGUAGUCCCAACCAGUUGUCGCUGAAUAAUCCGGAUUUUAAUGUGCUCGCUAGCAGACCUAUCAAUUAUCAGAGGCCACCUGGACAGUCGCAACCUCAACCUCAGAGACCUCAGUAUCAGCAACCUCAGAGACCUCAAUAUCAACACCUCAGAGACCUCAAUAUCAACAACCUCAGAGACCUCAAUAUCAACAACCUCAGAGACCACAAUACCAGCAACCUCAACGACCUCAAUACCAGCAACCUCAACGACCUCAAUACCAGCAACCUCAAAGGCCUCAAUAUCAGCAUCCUCAGAGACCGGCUUACAAUCCUCCACGUUUACCUUUUGCAUCAGUUUUAUCGAGUCCUUUGAAUAGCAGGCCACGUGAAGAGGAGGUGAUCAGUUGAUUCGAAUUUAAUUGUUUUUGGAUUUAUACGCAAGACAUUGUUUACUACACUUUGAUGACUCAUCAAAACUAUACAAUGGGAGGGAAAUAAAUUGACACUGUUAUUAAGUUUGAACAAUUUAUUCAUCGAAACUAUACAAUCGGAGUGAAAUAAAUUAACACUGUUAUUAAGUUUGAACAAUUAUUCAUCGAAAAUAUACAAUGGGAGGGAAAUAAAUUGACACUGUUACUAAGUUUGAACAAUAUUUAUUCAUAGAAGCUAUACAAUGGGAGGGAAAUAAAUUGACACUGCUAUUAAAUUUGAACAAUAUUUAUUCAGAAGAGUUGCAGUACAUUGUUUACACUUCACUGGCUGAACAAGACUGUACAAAGGAAGGGAAACAAAUCACCCCAAAUUGAAAAAUUUAUCAUGUAGCAUUCACAGUUUUUUGAAAUUUUGUGUUGAAGUUCUACUUAUUUUUGAGUUGACAACAGAAAAUUCAAAUAACAAUUAAUCUGAAUUAGAUACAGCACAAUUUGUAGAAAAUCACCUGAUCAUAUACAGCACAAUGCACAAAAAAUGAUUUUAUUAAUCAAAUGCAGCACAAUAUUCAGAUGAUGUAUUUGCUGUUACAAGGAAGGACGUUAGUGACCAAAAUUUGACCUAAUAUUCAGAUAAUAUAUGUGUUACCAAGGAAAUGUUGACCAAAAUUUGAUCUUAUUGAUUGAAUAAGUUCUGUUCCGUUGUUUUAUUUUUCAAUCGACAGUGUCGUUUGUUGUAUUGUAGGUCAUAUAGAUUAUACUCUUUUGAAGUACUGAAUAUUAAAGACUGAGUAGUGCAUAUUGAUAAAUUACUUUUUGAUUUCUCCACUUACGAUUUUGGUAGCUAAUAUGUUUUAUUUAUCAUUGAUUUUUCAACAAAAUCCUAGGUAGCCUACUUUUCUCCCAAUUUUGAAAACUGUAUUCACUAGUUGAGGAGCCAUUCAUUGAGUGGUAGGUUACUUAAUAAUUAUUAUUUAAGCAAUAAAUAUAGCUUUUAGAACAUACAUUUAUAUAUUGUACUGUAUGGUUGAAUAAUCAUUAAAUUUGGAAAUUAUCUA